UUUCUUUUUCUCUGGAUUCUAUAAUUAUACCUUCUAGCUUCUCUUCAUUGUUAAAUCUCCAUGGGUGUCAAGUUCUUUGCAUAUUUCGUAGUCUUUGUUGCCGUCUUCAGCGCCGCUAAAUCUGACCCUGAUCCUCUCCAAGAUAUCUGCGUAGCUGACGCAUCUGCAGGAGUCAAGGUGAAUGGAUUUGCGUGCAAGAAUGAUGUAGUUGUGACCGAGGCCGAUUUCUUCUUUAGCGGUCUAGCUAAACCUGCGGUCAUCAACAGUACGGUGGGAUCUGUGGUGACCGCCGCCAAUGUUGUGCAAAUCCCAGGGCUGAACACCCUUGGGGUGUCGCUUUCUCGCAUCGAUUAUCUGCCCGGUGGACUUAACCCACCCCACACUCACCCGCGUGCCACCGAGAUCAUCUUUGUUCUCGAGGGUGAAUUGGAUGUAGGGUUCAUUACUACAGCCAACAAGUUGUACUCAAAAUCCAUUAAGAAGGGCGACGUUUUUGUGUUCCCCAAGGGUCUUGUUCAUUUCCAGAAGAACAACGGUGACGCGCCGGCGUCGGUCAUUGCCGGAUUCAACAGCCAGUUUCCCGGAACCCAGUCUAUUGCCGCUACCUUGUUUGCUUCAACACCGGCCGUUCCUGAUAAUGUGUUGACCAAGGCAUUCCAAGUCGGUACCAAGGAAGUCAACAAGAUCAAGAGCAGGCUUGCACCUAAGAAGAGUUAAACAGAGCCGUUCUAUUCCUUUGGGAUUGAGUAAUGUAAUUUA